GCCCCACAGUCCUCUACUUCCUGAGGAGGCAGCAGCACAAAGCAGAGACACCGUCUCUCUUCUGGGUCCCAGCCAUGGCUGCCACGGCCUCGGCCUCCUGGUGCCACGCUGGGGGAAAGGACAAGGUGACGCGGAAGGUGCUUGUCAUCAUGGCCCUGCUGCAGGCACAGCUGCCAGGAACAGAGGCGCAGAGUUUUGGCCUGCUGGAUCCCAAACUGUGCUACCUGGUGGACGGAAUCCUUUUCAUCUAUGGCGUCAUUAUCACUGCCCUGUUCCUGAGAGCAAAGUUCGGCAGGAGCGCGGCCGCCCCCGCGAGCCAGCAGGGCGCCAACCAGCUCUACAACGAGCUCAAUCUGGGAGGAAGACAGGAGUAUGAAGUUUUGGACAAGAGACGAGGCCUGGACCCCGAGAUGGGAGGGAAACAGCAGAGGAGGAGGAAUCCUCCGGAAGUCGUGUACAAUGCACUGCAAAAAGACAAGAUGGCGGAGGCCUACAGUGAGAUUGGGGUAAAAGGCGACAACCAGCGGCGGAGAGGGAAGGGGCAUGAUGGCCUCUACCAGGGGCUCAGCACGGCCACCAAGGACACCUAUGAUGCCCUCCACAUGCAGACCCUGCCCCCUCGCUAAGAGCACCGGGCAUUUCUCCAAUCACAGGCCAGACCUGAAGACACCCAGAUUGUGAAAGACACAGGAUAAAGCGUUUAUAACCCAGUUCACUCGUGUUUCUUCACCACCCAAGUAUUCCUUUUUAAGAAUAGGACGCUUCGCGUUGUAACAUUUGGUCACGUCCAUUUCCAAACCGUCAUGCACGGAACGUCGUCCCUGGACUCUGCAGGGGAGUGCGUUCCCCCAGGGCUGAGGCUCCGUCCUCGAGGAGCCCGUGGUGAACCCUGCAGGUUCUCGGGUCUUCUGGUUUGUUGGGGACUGUGGACAGGCCCCCGUCCUGGAGGCUCUCCCUGGGAGACGGGUGCACACUCCUCACAGCCAUGUUCGGUCCCUGUUCUGUCAAGUCCCCAGAGAAACUCAAAUGUUAGCACAUAUCCUAAUAGGCUCUAUUGUCCUGUCCGUAUUUGAGUGGCUUUGCUCCUGCUGUGAAUCCGGCGUCUGUUGUCAACCCGUGCCUUCAUGUCAAGGUGACUUGUAACUGGGGCAAAGGGGCUGUCGUGCAUCCCUGUGAAAGGUCUGUGCAGAGGGGACAAUGGGAGGGGAGCCGGGGCACGUCCACAGUGGAUGAGGUGGGGAGGGGCAGGGGGUCAUGGAGCCUCCGUGGGGGGCACGGGGUGGGGUGCGGGGCACACAGGAGGGGUCCCUCCUCGGUCAAGCGUACAUUCCCUCCGGAGAGGUCAGCGUCUGUGGCCCAGGCACUCAGGGACCCAACGAACCUGUGCUUGCCCCCGCGGAGCUCACACUCUCCUGGGGGGGAAGCGGGUUGUGACCAGAGCGGCCCAAGGGGACGGAGCAGGUGCCCUUACAGGUGUGACGCAAGCAAGCGUGGGGGCGAGGGAAGGGGCCGGACCACACUCUGUCCAGGCCCUCGUUCACGUCGCGCCCCAGGUGAGAGACGGACGUCACCGGGAAGGUCUCGGCGGGAGGCUCAGCCCAAUGCAGACCCGCAGAGACAGCCCCCCCUCCCCGCCCUGAGAGCCGUGGCGACUCUGGGGAACAUCGCCGUGUGAUUACGGGGCACGCGACUAUGAGUGGACAACCCUCUCUGCUGAGUUUUAAUUUAUACUCGUUUGCUGUAGCCUUACUCUUUCGCAUAAUAAACGCUUUGGUGAAAA